AUGUUGCUGCUCGUCUUGGCGUUGUCGUUGAUGACCUGCGCCCAGUCGCAAGAUUAUCAUUAUCCGCGCCCGCAGUUUCCAUUCCACCUGACGCCACAGCGCCCGGCAGCCCGUCAGCCGCCGACCAAGUUUAUAGUACAGACCUUUGGACCGCAUGGACGCACUUAUGAGCUGCAAACGCACAAAUCGCCAGCAAUCUAUGUGGCACAUGAAACGUACGCUGUGCCUGGCCAUCAGCGGCAGCCACAGAGGCAAUUCCAACAUCAUGUGCAGCAACCGCAGCAGCAAUUGUCCAGCUCGCAGUACCAGAAUCCUCUGCUAGUUAACACCAACUACCAAGCUGUCCCAGUUGGCCUGACGCCGCCAGCACCGCCAUCACCUGUCCCAGGUGGGUCCGUUACCUACUACACUCAGGCGCAGGCACAAAGCAACGGGCAGCAGACAGCUGACAGCUAUUAUAGGCAGCCACAGGCCUUGACAGUCGCCACCGCAACUCAAACGCAGCCAACCGCCAGCUAUGGUCCGCCACAGGAGCAGCCACAUUCGCCACACUAUAGCAAUCCACUGCCUUAUGCCGUUGUCACGCUGCCGCAGGGUGAACGCGUACUGGAUGCUGGUCACGGCUCGGGCCCGUUGCCCGCCGAGAGUGGACACUCAACGGAACCGACCCGUGUGGGCGACUACAACGCCCAAUCGCCGAAUGCCGCACUGGAUACGUAUAACUACAAGCAGUCUGUGCCCGGAGAUACGCGCAGCUAUCAACGCUAUGUGACCAACUGCCAGCCGAACGGGCAGUGCCAGCAACUGAAUCUGAAUCCGGGACAGAUUGAUACCGAUCACCAUCAACUGUUGCAGACGGCGCGUGCGCAAACACAGCCAGCUAAAGGUGGCUGUCAGAAAGAAAACUAUGUGCCGCCGGGCGCCCAACCGAAUGCCCAGGGCCAGCUGCGGCCGCGCGACAGACGCACCUAUGCGCACGUCCAAGAGGAGCUGGCCAAGUAUCCAUAUAAUUAAAUUAA